CGGGACAGGGAGGGACAGACACCGGCUCUGGGUCUCACUCCAGUGUCCUCACGGGUGCGGCCAGCACCAUGGACACCUCACAGGCUCUGCUUCUCUUCCUGUUCCUGGCCUCUGGAGUAGGGGUCCUCACCCUCAGAGCCACUUCUGGAGUUCAGCGAACCAGUUUCUCCUUGGACUCAGAAAGCUCUUCCCUGGGCCCGGGUUCAAAAGUUCCCUCCAUCAAACCCCACAGCUGGAAACUUCCGGAUCUGUCUGCAGGUUCAAAAGCCUCUGCUGCUAUCCCUCAUUCCAAAUGGGUUCCUGAGGCCCUGAAUUCGAGCAACGUGCCUGGGUCCUUCUGGUCAAAUGUUUCUGCUGAGGCUCAAAAUUUGCCCCUGGAUCCCACCUUCUCUGAAAUCCCUGCUCCUGAAGUAUUUCCUGAUAUCCUGGGUCCUCAAGUUCCUAUGAAAGACCCAGAGCCUUCCUUCUCUGUUAAGACCCCAGCUUCAAAUAUUUCUGCUCAAGAUACUAAAGUAUCUGUGGAGGCCCCAAAAUUCUCCCCCAAGGAUCCAGAUCUUGAAUUCUCUUCCCAGAGACCCCCUGAAUCCAAAGUUGCUGCAGAGGCCGGUCCAGCGUCAAGCUUCUCCCAGCAGGUGGGGGGGCCUCUCUCGGUGCUGGUGGGGACCACCAUCCAGCUCCCCCUGGUUCCAGUCCCCAACCCUGGACCCCCUGCUCCUCUGGUGGUCUGGCGCAGGGGCUCCAAGGUGCUGGCAGCGGGAGGCCUGGGGCCAGGGGCCCCUCUGAUCAGCCUGGACCCCGCUCACAGAGACCGCCUGCGAUUUGACCAGGCCCGAGGGGGUCUGGAACUCGCUUCUGCCCAGCUAGAGGAUGCCGGGGUCUACACGGCUGAAGUCAUCCGGGCCGGAGUCUCCCGGCAGAUCCGGGAGUUCACGGUGGGUGUGUAUGAGCCCCUGCCCCAGCUGUCGGUGCAGCCCCAGGCCCCGGAGACAGAGGAGGGGGCGGCCGAGCUCCGGCUGCGCUGCGUCGGGUGGCGGCCGGGCCGCGGGGAGCUGAGCUGGAGCCGGGACGGACGCGCCCUGGAGGCAGCGGACCCCGCGGGAGCGGAGCCGCCCCGCGUCCGCGCAGAGGGCGACCAGCUGCUCAUCGCGCGCCCCGCGCGCAGCGACCACGCCCGCUACACGUGCAGCGUCCGCAGCCCCUUCGGCCACAGGGAGGCCGCGGCCGACGUCAGCGUCUUCUACGGCCCGGAUCCGCCGGUCAUCACGGUCUCCUCCGACCGCGACGCCGCCCCCGCCCUCUAUGUCACCGCGGGCAGCAACGUGACGCUGCGCUGCUCCGCCGCCUCGCGGCCGCCCGCCGACAUCGCGUGGAGCCUGGCCGACCCCGCCGAGGCCGCGGUGCCCGCGGGCCCGCGCCUCCUGCUGCCCGCGGUCAGGCCGGGCCACGCCGGCGCCUACGCCUGCCUCGCCGCGAACCCGCGCACCGGCCGCCGGCGCCGCUCGCUGCUCAACCUCACGGUGGCGGAUCUGCCCCCCGGGGCCCCACAGUGCUCAGUCGAAGGGGGUCCCGGGGACCGCAGCCUCCGCUUCCGCUGCUCGUGGCCGGGCGGGGUCCCUGCCGCCUCCCUGCAGUUCCAGGGUCUCCCCGAAGGCGUCCGCGCGGGGCCGGUGCCCUCUGCGCUCCUGGCGGUUGUCCCCGCCCACCCCCGGCUCAGCGGAGUCCCUGUCACCUGCCUCGCUCGCCACCUGGUGACCACGCGCACCUGCACCGUCACCCCGGAAGCCCCUCGAGAGGUGCUGCUGCAUCCGAUUGCAGAGGAGACACGGUCAGGAGAGGCAGAGGUGGCGCUGGAGGCCUCCGGCUGUCCCCCACCUUCAAGAGCAUCCUGGGCCCGGGAAGGGCGGCCCCUGGCCCCAGGAGGCGGGGGGCGCCUGCAGCUCAGCCAAGAUGGGCGGAGGCUCCUCAUUGGCAACUUCAGCCUGGACUGGGACCUGGGAAAUUACUCUGUGUUGUGCAGUGGGGCGCUGGGUGCUGGGGGCGACCAGAUCACCCUCACUGGACCCUCCAUCUCCUCCUGGAGGCUACAGAGAGCCCGUGAUGCAGCAGUGCUGACUUGGGAUGUAGAGCGCGGGGUCCUGAUCAGCGGUUUUGAGAUCCAGGCAUGGCGAGAAGGGCCUGACCUGGGCAGAGCCACCAUCUACAAGGACUGGGUCUCCCUGCUCAACCUGGGGCCUCGGGAGCGGUCAGCCGUGGUGCCCCUCCCUUCUCAGAACCCCAGGACCUGGGUCUUGCGUAUCCUGCCCACCCUGGGGGGCAAGCCAGGGACCCCAACACAAAGCCAGGUCUACAGGGCCGGCCCCACCCUGAGCCCCGGGGCCAUCGCUGGCAUCGUCCUGGGCUCCCUACUGGGCCUGGCACUCCUGGCAGCACUUCUCCUCCUGUGCAUCUGCUGCCUCUGCCGCUUUCGGGGAGAGACUCUUAAGAAAAAGAAGUAUCCGCCCACCUUGACCCCUGUGGUCCCCCCACCUGAAAAGAAGAUGCAGAGCGUGACCCCAGUGCUGGCCCCACAGCCUCUGCCCCUCAAAGUCCCGCUGGAGGACCCUAGCCCAACCAGGGCCCACCGAGUGAGUGCCACCGGCCCCAGUCCGGUCAUCGUUGCAGGUGGGGGCCAGAAGACUGUUCGGGCAGCCACGCAGGUGUGACCAGGGCUGGUGGCCCGCUCUGUGCAGGACUUUUGGGGCGGGACUUCCUGUUUCACCCCAGCAGCGGGCAGGGCCUUCCUGUCCUGCUAGGACUGAAGGUUGGACCUCGGAAGUGGGACUUCAUGUCUGCCUUGCUGCACAGAAGAAGACUCUCCCUGAAUUUGUGCAACUAAGGAGGUGGGACUCCUGGCUGGGAGAGACUCCUGCGGUCUAACAGUGUGGUUUGCACAACCUCCAAGCCAGUAAGAUGUGCUGGCUCUGCAGUGGACGGGCAGGGCUUGCUGUGCUGCUCCGAGCGAGAGAGGGGCCCAACCUAGUUCUCUGAAAAGAUCUUCCUCCAUCCACUUUGCCUCCUCCAGGCCACACCCCAUUUAGCUCCCAGAAUCUUCAUCUUAAAACGGAUGAGAUCACAUCCCUCUUCUCUUUAAACGCUCCUAUGGCCUUUCAGACAUUGUCCAGAUGUCUCAUCUGACCUUCAAAGCCUAGGGGUUUGGCCUCUGAUGGCCUCUUCGACCUCCCCUUCCAGUACUUUCCCCCCUGCUACUCCAGUAGCACAGGCUUCUUCUCCACCAUGCUUUAUUUUGCCUCUGGGCAUUGGCCCCUCGAGUUUACUCUGCCUGGAGCACGGGUCUUUCCCCUGUGCCAUUCAUUUCUCAAGUGUAAAGGUAACUAUUACCAUCUCAGAGACGCUUCCCUAACCCCUGCCUCAGUCGUGAGUUAGGUCCCAGAGUCCCUGAACCUCCUGCUCCUCGUAAGUAAAUAGAUAAUUAUUGGUUUAGCCUCUAACUCCCUUUCUAAACUGAAAACUUCAUGAAAACAGAGACCAUGUCAUUAUCCCCAGCUCUUAACACAGAGCCUGACACACAGUAGGCAAUCAAUAAAUGCUGGUUGACUGAUCAAAUGUUUUGGUGCCAGUGAAGGGCUGGGCUUACUGCUGCUCUCCCCAGCAUGAUGUCUUCCUUUUUCAGCUGGGUUUCUCGUUGGAAAUCUAGGUAGUGCAUCAGAGACUCUUUUGGCUACAAGUAACAAAGCAUAUGGUGGCAUAUGGAGGUGGGUGGUUUCAGGCUGGCUCAGCAACUUAGUGACAUCAUCAAGGACUUGGGAGUGUUUG